CCCCGCCGGCUCCGCCCCGGAGGCCGGCACGCUGGCUCGCUCCCUGCCUGGGAACAUGGCCGAAGUCGGGGAGGACAGCAGCGGGGCGCGGGCUCUGCUGGCGCUGCGCUCGGCGCCCUGCAGCCCCGCCGCGGCGCCCCCUCCCGGGCCGCCGCCCCCGGCCGCGCCGCCCGCCGCCGCCUCCGCCGGCCCGGUGCUGGCGCGGCUGCAGGGCCGCGAGUUCGAGUUCCUCAUGCGGCAGCCGGCCGUCACCAUAGGCCGCAACUCCUCGCAGGGCUCGGUGGACGUCAACAUGGGGCACUCCAGCUUCAUCUCCCGGCGGCACCUGCAGCUCAGCUUCCAGGAGCCGCACUUCUACCUGCGCUGCCUCGGCAAGAACGGCGUCUUCGUGGACGGCGCCUUCCAGCGCCGCGGCGGCCCGGCCCUACAGCUCCCGCCGCAAUGUACUUUCCGAUUCCCUAGCACGGUUAUAAAGAUUCAGUUCACAUCUUUAUACCAUAAAGAGGAAGCAAAAGAGGAAGCCUCAUCGCCUCCCCUUCGGCCACUUUACCCUCAAAUAUCGCCUCUGAAGAUCCACAUCCCGGAGCCGGAUCUCCGGAGCGUGGUCAGUCCCCUCCCAUCCCCCACAGGCACUAUCAGUGUUCCCAACUCUUGCCCAGCCAGUCCACGUGGUGCUGGAUCCUCAGGAUAUCGUUUUGUUCACAACAUUACCUCGGAUCUGCAGCUGGCAGCAGAGUAUGCCGCGAAAGCAGCAUCAGAACAGCAGGCAGAUGCAUCUGGCGGGGACAGCCCAAAGGAUGAGUCCAAGCCACCCUAUUCUUAUGCUCAGCUAAUUGUGCAGGCUAUAUCUUCAGCACAGGACAGGCAAUUAACACUAAGUGGGAUCUAUGCCCACAUUACCAAGCAUUAUCCAUAUUACAGGACUGCUGACAAAGGCUGGCAGAAUUCCAUUCGGCACAACCUUUCCUUGAACCGUUACUUUAUUAAAGUCCCACGCUCCCAGGAGGAGCCUGGAAAAGGCUCCUUUUGGCGAAUUGACCCUGCCUCUGAAGCCAAACUAGUAGAGCAAGCAUUUAGAAAACGAAGGCAGAGAGGAGUGUCCUGCUUCCGAACACCUUUUGGGCCUCUCUCCUCCAGGAGUGCUCCUGCCUCCCCCACUCACCCUGGCCUGCUGUCCCCUCACUCUAGUGGCCUACAGACUCCAGAGUGCCUGUCACGGGAGGGCUCACCCAUUCCACAUGAUCAUGACUUUGGGUCAAAGUUAGCCUCAGUUCCAGAGUAUCGGUAUUCACAGAGUGCACCUGGAUCUCCAGUCAGUGCCCAGCCAGUGAUUAUGGCUGUUCCUCCCCGACCAUCUACUCUGGUGGCAAAACCAGUUGCGUACAUGCCAGCUUCAAUAGUGACUUCUCAACAGCCUUCAUGUCAUGCAAUUCACGUAGUUCAACAAGCUCCUACUGUUACAAUGGUUCGAGUUGUGACCUCCUCUGCAAACUCUGCAAAUGGAUACAUCCUCACAAAUCAGGGCACAGCAGGAGGAGCUCAUGAAGCUGCAGGAGCAGUGUUGGACUUAGCUGGUGACCACCGAGCAGGCAUGGAUGAAAAACCAACGAUCGCCUUUGCCACGAUACCUACAGCCAGCCGUGUUAUUCAGACAGUCGCCAGUCAAAUGGCACAGGGUGUUCCAGGACAGACGGUCACGAUCCUUCAGCAGGCAGCUCCAGUGACCAUUGGACAGCAUCAGCUACCCGUGCGGGCAGUCACUCAGAACGGGAAACAUGCUGUCCCCACCAACAGCAUCACCGGCAGCGCUUAUGCUCUUACAAAUCCAUUGCAGCUUCUUGCAGCCCAGGCCAGCUCGUCCACUCCUGUUGUAGUCAGCCGGGUAUGCGAGACAGGGACCGAAGAGACAGCAGCAACCUCUUCCAGUGAACCUGAAGUCAAAAGACCCCGGAUAGAAGAGUCUGGUGGAGCGGUCCCAGCCCAAACUGGAGUCAUCACGUCUACAGUGCCACAAGGACAGGCAACCAGUGAAUGAAGAACCGGUGGGAGGAGCUGGAGUGAUGCGGGGUGGGCAUGGGAUGGCAGGAGCCCUAAAGCAGCUUUCAAAGAAAACAAACCACAACUAUAACAGCUCAAAACAUAGCAGAUAAAGAGCUCUUUUUAAAGUCAGAUUUUUAAAUGGGAGGACAACAGCUGUUAGAAUCACAAGGUGCCAAAAAGAAUGGAAAAUCCCUCCCAAGAACCCAUAUCUGGAACUCUGUUCUGUCUUUACCUAUGGGAUAUUUUUUCCUUUUUUUUUUUUAAAUAUUCAAAAAAAAAUACAGACAACUGAUUGUAUGACUGCUGGGAUAUUUUUAAUUGUCUUUUCCCCUUUUGGCUCCAAGGGGAUGGGAUUUGCAGUUCAGCAUCUAAAGGAAUGUAACACAAAUACAGUCUGCUCCCUGGAAAGAAAACUCCUCAUUUUCUAUGCCUUAAUACUGUGCUUCUCAGAGCUUUGAACCAUAGGACCAUUUUAAAAAGGCCACCUAAGGCAAUCAAAUGCUGAAAGAUGGGUGCAGUAUCUCACAACAACAACAUUAAAGAAACAUGGUACCAAGCUUAAAGAAAAAGGCAAAUGAUUUUGUUUUUUAAAACAGAAAAAAUCUGAAUAUGAACGAAUGUUUAUUUAUGUGGGGAUUCAGGAGGAAGAGUUACAGGGCUCAGCCACCUGGAUUUCCAGAUGCAAUUUCUCUCCAUUCCCUCUGAGGGAGAAUAGGAUGACAGAGGAACUGUAUUAAUUUGGUUCCUGUAAAGAUAUUAAAAACAAAGGGUUUUGUACCUUCAGUGAUUUCUUACAAUUAUUCAUCCCUUGCUCUGGACAACAGCCAAAGUAUCUUGAUGACUGAGGAUCGCAUGGGGAAGGGUAUCUCCAAAAGGUUCUGUGUGCAUCUGAUUGAUCACAUCCUGUGCUGGAGUACCAGGUUUUGUUCAAAAUAGCACUGUAUGUGAAGACAUUGCCACUCUCUCUGAACUUGAGAAAAUACUGGUUCAUCUUCUGCACUAAAGCAAGUCCGCCUUCACCUCCUGUUGGUAGUGUGGUCCUCAACUAGGUGGACAAUGGUCAGGAGGCCAGGGCUGGGUAGGAGUCUGUCACUGACCCUCUGCCAUGGCUAACAGCAAAGCGCCUGUGUUAUUCUUCUGAGAGGGAAGUUGAGAGCUGGGGUGAGAGGCACCAGAGUUCAUACAGUGUUUAUUACAAAUUCUGUAAGGGUGUAGAGACCAAGGCAAAAGAGACUUUUAUUUUCCA